AUGGCGAACGAGGAUGAGAUAAGCAAAGAAGAAAGGCUUGAGCAGGCCCGGAAGAAGUUUGAGGAACUGAAGAAAAAGAAGAAAGGUAAGAAGAAGGGCAAUGUUGGAGACCAUCAACCCGAUUCCCCAAGUAAGGAAGUACCAGACCACAGUCAUAUGGAGACAGCGGCAAAUACAGCAAAAAAUUGGAGCACAGCUGAAGCUUCUGAAUCAGCCAAAUCUGAAACGCUUGCCACUCCUGAUGAUGGCGACUCGGGGGCUGAAUCCAUCAUCAAUAAACAAGAAGCGCGAAUGCUGCCACACAAGAACGAGACUGGUGAUGAAAAGAAGCACUAUGGUGACGACCGCAAGGGCCAAGAAUGCUCGAAAACCGAGAUAGUUGGCUCAACGGAUUUGCCUGACCUGGAUACUGAAAGUGCAGCAAAACAACAAUCUACGCUAGUCGACGAAAGGAGAUUUCAAUCCGCAGAGGAGAGGCAUGGAGAUGUCCCUUCGAAGCAGAUGCGCCAACUUGAGGCGAAAUUAUCAAGUGCGGUUGAGCAGAAUUCCAGGCUCUCAAAGGAAAAUUCGGAACUGAAAUCAGCUCAAGUACGCUUGACAUCAAAAAUUAGUGCAUUAGAAGAGAAGCUGCGAUCUUUUGAAAUAUUAAACGAAAGCUUGCGGCGACAAUUAAGUGAAAACGUUGGUGACACAUCAUGUGCUGAGGUCCCCAAUGGUCGCAACACCUUUCCCGAUUUCUCAUUUGAGAAGGAGUCACCUAUAAAGUCGUCCCCCAGCUUCCAAACGUUCAACAAUUUUAACACUCUAUCAAACGACUAUCUUGACAUAGUUGACAUUCGUGAGCGUCUUUCCCAAUGGAAAGGUUGGAAUCCUGAUAUGAAAUUAUGGAGAACCGUUGGAAGCGGGUCGCUACUUGAGCUGUAG